CAGAUAGAUGGUCAAGGCAAUCGACCGAGGUGGGAAUUAAGCCCGCACAGAAACACCAUCAGACGUGAAUUGUCCUGAUGCAGCAGCGGCGCGUGUAUUUCACACACCGACGUGUUCCACUGCUCAUUAUCUCCGUCACGAUUCUUGCAUCCGACAAAAGCCGAAGGUUUUGUUCUAAAUCUCUACGCUGUGAAGAAUAAUGUUCCACGUCGCCCGACGGCAUACAGCGUUCAGCAAACACGCUUGUUGGACGUCGCUCGCUACACCACUUCACUUUCGAGACAGGGCAAUGUUACUUUCGUUUUCGCAUCGGUGCGCCGGUGGCGCCAUCCAACAUCAGUUGCACAGACCGGCUGCUGCAAGGCGUCUGUACAAAUAUUUAGCGUACAAUAUUCGACUCAAAAUUUAAACUUGAAAUAUUCACCCACACUUACUUUUCAAGUUGUCUGCACUACUAUUGGAAAACUAGAAGAGAGAAAAAGAGAGAAACGCUGAACAGAAAAAAAAAAAAGAAAACACGCUGGAAAUGUUGUUGAUUCUGCACAAGUCUCGGAGGCGUAGCUGUGCGGCAGCUGUUUUCGGUCGCGUACGUGCGAUGGCGACACGACAUCCGCUGCUGCUGCGAAUGGCGAUGUCAUGCCCCUCAUUUCUGUGUUGUGUGUUGGGGUUGUUUUCUUCACUCGUCAUUCAUCAGCCUUUCCAGGGCGCUCUGCACGAGGCCGUCACGUUAGGUAGCGUUGCCAACCUCUUGCAGCACCUGUGCACACACGAUGUAAGGCACGAAUGAAGUCAUGUAGCUUGGCAUGGGCUCUCCGUGUUUAACUGAGUGCUCCGCGUGAAGACAACAGUGGCGAGCAAGUGAACCCCAUUUGUAGUGCGUGGUAGCGGCUGUUUUCGCAGGUUCCGAAAAUGAUCGGCGGCAUGGCGUCGAGGCCCAGUUACCUCGGUGGCAUCCAACGUGAAAUCCCCUGCGUGGAUUUAGGACGGCUCGCAGCAGGGAUCAAGAGCAUCUCGCUGAAGUUUAAAGCCCACGGUGUAGACCUCGACGAGCCUUGCAGCAAGACUGUGGAGAACGCGAGUCGCUGCUGGAUCACGUGGUACCUGCCCGCGCUGAACGAAGCGAUGCGCGUCGCUUCAAUGCACGUCUUCGAGCAUGCUCCUGGCAAGUUCGCGCUCAGUUCGGUUCCGAACGCUAACUCGGAGUACGAGAACCCCGAGAGCACCCUCCUCGAAAGUGUCGCGUUAGUGUAUUUGUUGCUGAAAGAGCACCGAUGCAUCACGCGUCUGGACGUGGGUGACACAGCAGUUUUGUUCUACUACUUCCCGUCGCUGCUUUGCAAAGCACUGCGGCAGAACAAAGGACUUAAACAAGUCCGACUUCGCCCCGAUGACGCCAGAGGUAUUUGGCGCGAAACGCACGCUUUGACUAUCCUGUCUUCGGCCCUGACGAAGCUAUCUGCAGGACUGGACGAGUUGGACAUCAGCGAGCUCAUGCCAACUGUCGAGUCCGUAGGAGGAAUCGCCGACGCGGUUAAGAAAGGCAGCUUGCGCCGUCUCGUUAUUUGUAACGGCUCGUCGAGCAAGAUCGCGAGGAGAUUGCUCCGUGCAGUCGGCUAUUCUUCCUCUUUGACCGUGCUCGAAAUCGGGGGUACCAAGACAUUGCCGUUAUCGAGCGCCGCUAUCUUGUCCGAUGCAUUGAAGAGCAAUACAAUUCUCCGAAAGCUUUCCAUAGAAAGAGUGGGAAUAAACGCGGUCGGAACGCUGCUCAAAUCCCUGGAUAAGAACACAACUUUAGAGGAGCUGGCACUUCUCUACUCGUAUAACGCACCGGAGGCCAUCCUGUGGGACGGGUUCGAGGCACUACGUGUGAACCGUGGACUAAAGUGCCUGAAGCUCGUCCAUCUUAACAUGGUCAACAGUUGCGCCCUAAUUAUCGCGGAUAUUUUGCUAAAGAACGAGUCCCUUCAAGAAAUAUGUCUCUCCGAGAACCCCAUCACCGAUCUCGGCGCUCGCGCUCUAGCCAAGGCCUUGCAGCAAAACUCGACCUUAAAGCGCCUGGACAUCUCUGACUGCAGGCUGAACUGGCAAGGGUUGUCAAGCUUUAUAAAAUUUAUCUCGCACAACACUGCGAUCGAGUGCGUUCGACUCGGUUUCGUCGACGUUCCUGAGACUUGGACGCCGAGUUCGCCCCUUACCGCGAGCCUAUGCGCUCGCCUGGAUGUAACGUGGAAUACGCGCGGUCUCGAAGAAUGGGCCUUGUCGAUACGACAAGGGGAGCACCACUUUCCUCGACUUUGCGUCGGCUGGACAGCGGAUGCCAAGUCGUCUGGCGUCGUGCAGUGGUUCGACGCAGUGCGCGCCAGCGGCAUUUCGGUCACAGAACUCGUCAUCAACUGUCCCGGAACAGUCGCUCAGGAGUGCGGCGAAGCCGCGGUGUCCUUUCUAGAGAACACCAGUUCUUUGAAGAAGCUUACCGUGGAGACCGUCGACAACUCCUAUAGCUACGUGACCGCCAUCAUCCGGGGCCUUGCUCGUAACAAGAGUGUCAGGGAGGCCAUAUUUCACCAGUCCCUCCACAUAGACCAGGACGUCAAAGCCUUGCGAGAACUCAUGCGCACGAACCGUACCUUGCAUCGCCUGGCGUUCAAAGCUCACUUUCUCAGAGAGCACGCCGUCCGCUCUCUGGCACGUGCUUUAGAGGACAACUUUGUUCUUCUCGCUUUCGACUUGGAGUACUCGCCUUACGUCACCAUGCAUCCGAUCCUGAGCAUCCUCGACAGGAAUCAGUCGCUUCUUAAUCGUGCCGUCGACUGCGUGUUGAGCUCCUCGCCGGAAGCGGAGUCGAUUCGGGCCUUGCGCCUUCUCUGCGAAUGCGAAUCGCUACUCGAUGCUGUUGCUGACGUUUCGGGCAAGGGACGAGAGGAAUGUAGGAGCCUAGUGCAGGAAUCAGUUCGCCGCCUACAGAGCGUGCCGUAAAAUUAGCGACGUCAGAAGUGCUGUGGGGAAGUUGUGUGGAAUAGGAAGUGCCAACUGACUAGCGUGAUUUUUUUGGGAAAACAUUCACUCCACCCUGUUUAUAGUACGCAUAUGAUUUCCUUUGAAAUAUUCCUUGAAGUUCCUCUUCCUCUGCCCGGCAUCCCCUCGCCCCCCCCCUUCCUCCCCCCCCCGCUCCACGCCGAGAAAAUAAUGGAUGUAAUUUAAUUGCGGUUCAACCGAAAAUAUGCCGAAUGCCACAGAAGAUCUGUAGACGCGUGACAGAACUUCUAAGAUUUGUUCCAUUUAAAAGCAUAAGUCAAAAUCUACUGACUGUUGGUUUGCGAAUUUUCGAUUUAUGCCGUCAAUCCUUCAAUAAGAAUCGACAAGAAUCGCAAAUUUUCAGAAAACGAGACUGUCAAGUUUACAACUCUGUAACUCAGCAAUUCGAAACGACAUCACAGUUUAGUGAAUUGCACCUAAUAGCACAUCUAAACGGGACAAAGUUUUGUAUCAUACAUGGCUCUGAAGUAAGUGACUAUUAUGUGAGAGCUAUUGCGAAACCGUUGUAAACAGUGUAACGAACUCGCGUGAGAUAUAAAUUGACAUAUUAGAUUUCUUUCGCUUUGCACGCUUUAACAGAUACAGCUGAUAGACCUGCGAUAUCUGUCAUUGGUGCAGAGCUACGGAUGUGUUAACUUAAAGGGACCCUAAAGGGAAAAUGAUUUCUUCUGCAUCAGUAAAUUACCGUUCUACAACACCAAAAACACCACUCUUACAACGAUACGACCUUUGGAAAGCCAGAAAAAAGCGCAAGAACGAAAUACGGGUGGCGACGCCUACUUAAGUUCCCGCAGCUGGGGGCUGUGACGUCUUGGAUUUUGAUGGCAUCUUCUAGGGCCUACUAAUUAUAAAUAGCGGCACAGAUUGACUACAUUGUGUUCUAAAGGAACCAAAUAUUACACAUGGCAAGUUUCGGGAACCUUUAUUCAGCCAACGCGGCCCAAAUGCGAAAACAUACUUUGGAAUCCCUGACGUCACGCUGACGUAACGGCACUGGGGUUUCGGCGCGAAAUUCAAGUACUGGUACUUGGACCUUCAUUUUCUCAUCUAAUAAUCAACUAUUUUUUUUUAUAUGACUGCCUGCAGGGUUCUCAAACAGUGCUUCAUUAGUCUAAACUUAUUUAUUGUUGCGCUUUAGUGUCCCUUUAAGGCUUCGAUAUUUUUCAAACUUACCAGUGUUUGAAAGUUCACCUUGAAAAAUUCAGACCCUAAAUCGAAGUUCUGCUUGCAACAGUCACUAGAACAUAACUUUAUCUCUGAUAUGUAACAAAUUUCAUUAACAUCCACCCAAUGGUAGUCUCAGAAAAGCGUUUCUGUGUUUUACAUGUAUCUUAAUAGGCGCCAUCAGACUGUGGCCCGAGCUAAAGCUUCCUCUUAAAGCUCGCAGUUGGGCUGCUCUAUAUGGUCAGAAAACAAAUGGCUCAGAAAUGUAGAAUUGCGAAUAUGAAUGACGUUCAGGAGUGUAGCCCACAGUGCCUAUUGGUAACACUCAUAAGGACAGCGUGAGCGGAGCACACAAAAUAAAUAAAUAAAAUGGUUCUUCCUUUAUUUUUUUACUUCGA